CCCACAGUGAUGAACUAUAUUAUCGACAACUACAUAUCUACGAUUAUCGAUGCUCUGGCCACUUCAACGAGUGACGGGUUAUGGAUAGGUUACAACGACUGCGCAGAGGAGGGUGUAUUUAGGACGUUUGACGGACAGUUAGCCACGUGGUUUACAUGGCUUGAUAAACAGCCUAAUGACGCUGUACAGUUGAACGAUCAGGACUGUGUUGUUUUGAGCGCUAAAAAAUUUGAAGGGUGGGAAGACAAAGCUUGUGAAGAACCUAGAAUAGCUCUCUGCUAUCGAACGUUUACCAACGAGAAUGGCACGACCACCACAGGAGAAGAUACCUGUUCUACUGCCAUUUCUACAGAAAUUCCAGUGACAAUACCGAUUGAAACGGAAACAACUUCUAAGAAGACGCCAACGGUAACAACAUUGACAGGAAACACCUCAGAUAGCAAGUGCCCGGUUUGUAAAUUUGAACACGCCCCAAACUUGUUAACACCCAAAGAAUUACUGGAAUACCUGGCAAGACUUCGACUGGACACCUGUAUUUAUUAUAAAAAUACUUCAGCAUAUCGUCGACGACACGUGAGUGUGUACGAGCCGAGAAUCAUGGCUAAGUGUAUGGGGGUGACCGCUGGCGCUGUCCUCGUAGCUGUGGUCCUUUGUCUAGUCAUUCUGGACCUUAAGAGCUGUAGAGCAAAGCAACGACCACCACUGAACAGACUGGUCAGGCGAAUAUAGACAUUCGUUGCUGGUAAUGGCUGCUAUCUAUCAUCAA